AUGUGGAAUUAUAUGCUGUUCUCGGCCCUUGUAUUGCUGCUCUCGUUGCUUUAUCAUUGCUACUUUAACAAACCGGCCAGCGUGAUCGAGCAACCACACACACAUUACGAUUACAUAAUCGUUGGUGCUGGGACGGCCGGAUGUGUGGUGGCCUCGCGUCUCUCCGAGGAAUCGAACCGAACGGUGUUGUUGAUCGAGGCGGGCGGAUAUUUCGGAUGGGUGUCGUCUGUGCCACUAUUGUCACCCAUGACGCAGGGAACCGAAUUCGACUGGAGCUACUCAACGGAACCGCAGAAAUUCUCCUCGAAAGGCUUUUGGAAUCAUAUACAAAAAGUACCGAGGGGCAAGGGAUUGGGCGGUAGCGGCCAGAUGAAUCAUUUGGUCCACUCGUACGGUAGACCGGAGGAUUACGAGAGAUGGCCCAGGGGUUGGUCCCACACCGAUUUACUUCCGUAUUUCAAGAAGGUGACCGACAUCAUGAACGUAAUGUCCAGCCCGGAAGAGGAGUUCCUGACCGAAGCUUUCCUUAUGUCCAAGGAAUCGUUGAACGUCGGUCACGUGACCCUGCAGAAAGGGAUGUACACGGCCAGACGUGGUUCACGGUGGACCACGUUUCACGCGUACUUGCAGCACGCAUGGAACAGAAGGAAACUGCACAUCUUGACGAACACGUUGGUCUCGAAAAUACUUUUCAAGGACGGGACGAAAACGAACGGCGUUAAGGUGAUUUACAAAGACGGAUCGGUGGGUAGAAUUGGUGCUAAGAAAGAAGUGAUUCUUUGCGCUGGCGCCAUCAAUACGCCUCAAUUGCUCUUGCUCUCAGGAAUCGGACAAGCGAAGGAUCUCGACAAAUUUCAAAUACCGGUAAUAAGAAAUCUUCCGGCGGUAGGGAAGAAUUUCUUCGAUCAUCUUUUGCUACCGGUCUACGUGAAUCUCGAGGCUCAGAUCAGCAUAACUCUGUUCAAGCUACAAACGCUUCCCGAAGUGGUGAACUAUUUCGUUUUCGGAAGAGGAUGGUAUGCGACCAACGGGCUAAUGGGAAUCGGUCGCACGAAUAACAGCGGUGUAAUGCUUUUUGGAAUGGGUUCCACCGAAGAGAGAAUAUUGAAAUCGAUGUCCAACUAUAAGACUGAGCCAUACAGGUCACUCUAUCCGUCCUACAACAACAACUCGCAAGAGGGUUUCCUGUACUUGACGUACUGUUUGCAACCGAAAAGUCGUGGUAGCAUUUCAUUAAGAUCCAGGAAUAUUCGUCACCAGCCAAGAAUCGAUCCUGCCUACCUGCAACACUACGACGACGUCGCGUGCACACACGAUGCCAUAAAUUUCGCAAUACAAACCCUGGAAUCGAAGAAGUUCCGGGAGUACGGCGCGAAGGUUCAUCAUCCAGAUUUAGAGGAAUGUCGACACCUGCCGCAGGAUUAUCGUGAAAUCGAGUACUCUGAGUGCGUGAUGAGAGUCGGAGGGCUAACUAGUUAUCAUGCGUGCGGCUCCUGCAGAAUGGGAGACGACGAGAAUGCAGUUGUCGAUGAAGAAUUACGUGUGAAGGGCGUUAGUGGACUCCGAAUAAUGGACGCCAGUGUGUUACCCUCGCCCAUUUCCGGUAAUCCGAAUUCCGUUUUGAUUGCCAUGGCGGAAAGAUUCAGCGAUUUGAUCAUAGAUCGUUCGUCCAACUAAAGUCAAUCAUCGA